AUGAAAACGGAAAGUGACACCUGGUGUGUUGACAACAUGGCGGCGCCCAAGGAAGGCACGGUAACACAUUCAAGUAAGAAACUGGACAUGAAGUUGAGGAAGCUGGAAAAGAUUCUGUCGUCAAAGGAACAUUUAGAGAUUUCAAGCCAGCCGACACAGAUCCUGUGUAUCCAGAAUGGGGGUCUGGGCAAUAACGUGAGCCAGUUGGAGCUGCUGUCUGUGUUUUCAGCCAGUGGGGAUGUCAGUGAUGUUGUCAUGAUACCACAGAAACAGUACAGCUUUGUCUCGUUCACGGAUGUAGCCGGUGCUUCACGAGCCUUCCACCACUUUAACGGACAUUUGUUGAGGAAGGGCAAUGAUCCUAGCCAAGAUGUUGUUCUUUAUUUACUCUUUGUCAAAAGAGCUCCCUCGCCCCUGAAGCCAUCGAGUGAGAGGCCUCCAGGGCUUCAUGUCCUUGAAGACUUUGUCACAGAAGAAGAUGAAGAGAAGUUGUUGUCACUGGUCAACAUGGAUGACACAGAGGAAAUCAAAGUUGGAGGUGUGAUGAAACAUCGCCAGGUGAAACACUUUGGUUUUGAGUUCAGGUACGACAUUAACGAUGUUGAUGUCAAUAAUCCCUUGCCAGAUGGGAUUCCUCCUUUAUGCCAGAAUAUUUUACACAGAGCUUACAACCUUGGCGUGAUUGGCCACAUGCCGGAUCAGCUGACUGUCAACCAGUACAAGCCAGGACAAGGAAUUCCUCCCCAUGUGGACACCGUUGAUGCAUUUGAAGAUGGCAUUGUGUCUCUAAGUCUAGGUUCUCAGACGAUGAUGGAUUUUCGUCACCCAGAUGGUCGACAUCUUCUAGUAACUCUUCCUCGCCGCAGUCUGCUUGUUAUGACUGGAGAAUCUCGAUACAUCUGGUCACACGGUAUCACACCAAGGAAGUCUGACAUCGUUUUAACGCCAGACAGAGACGGGUUGACUUUACAAAACAGAGAUGUCCGCACAUCUUUCACAUUCAGAAAAGUUAUACUGAACAGGAAACAGACAAAUGCUAGGCAAAAGGCGGAUGCUGGAUUGAAGAGUGUGCCACAGUCUGAUUCAGAGGGCAGAGAGUUGGAGCAGCAGCACGUCCAUCAGGUAUCCUGUUCUUUGUGUAUGACAGCAUUGCCGAACACUUCAGCGGCACUCGCUACAAAGCCCUGGCCGAGAGUUGCCGAGUUUUUGUUGGACUUGCCCGAUGGUUUCCUAGUGGCUGAUGUUGGAUGUGGCAAUGGCAAAUAUCUGGGAAUCAACAAGAAGAUUUUUGAGAUUGGCAGUGAUUACAGCAGCAAUCUGGCAUCUAUCUGUCGUAGCCGUGGGUUUGAAACCUGCGUGGCUGAUGUGACUAACUUACCACUGCGCUGCGGUGUCUUAGACGUGGUGUUGUGUAUCGCAGUCAUUCACCACAUGUCAACACAAGCACGUCGUUUGAGGGCUGUCUCAGAAAUAAUACGAGUAUUACGUUCAGGAGGCAAGGCUCUCAUAUACGUCUGGGCGAUGGAACAAGAUUAUGACAAGACCCCAUCAAAAUACAUUAAUACAGGUCGGCAGAAAAAGCCAGAGCAAAUGCUGAAAGACUCCAGGGAAACAGUCGGGGAACCUACAAGUUCUGGCACCAAACUGCAGAGUGCAGAAUUAGGUAGAAAAGAUGGAUUGGAAAUGAAUCAGUUAACACAAAAACAAAAUGCUCAUCUCAGAGUUUCACCAGCAGACAUCAGCUCUACAGCUCAGCAGUUAAAUAUCAGACGGAAACCAGCAGAAGUUUUGGAAAUGUCCGUGGCCAGCAACGAUACAGGAGUCAGUGUACAUGGUGUUCAUUCACAAUCAGAGACCAGCGUAUUGCCAGAUACUUCCAAAACAUUACAUGUUCACGUCAAUCGAACUCAGUUUAAAGAACAAGACAUGCUGGUUCCAUGGCAGCUACAGUGCAAAAUGGCAAAUGAGGACAAAAGUGAAGCAUGUGCUGAGAAUGGAGACAAAAGUAGUGUGUUCCACCGGUUUUAUCACGUAUUUCGACAAGGUGAGCUGGAGGCCUUAUGUAAGAAAGUUCCUGGGUGUGAAGUGAGAACUCGCUACUAUGAUCAAGGGAACUGGUGUGUUGUUGUAGAAAAACUGUAA